AUGCAUUUUCGAAUUUUUGUACUGGGUGCUGCUUGGCUUUCUGGCGUAGUAGCCUCGUCAGGAAACUCGAGCUACUAUCAAGCAACUUCAAAAGGGUUUCGCAUGCAGCAUGGCUUUGAGACUGUACUAGUCCAGCCAUUCGGGUAUGACGGAUUCCGUGUACGUGCAUGGCCCUAUCGCCCUCCCACUGGCGAUGAGAUUGGCUUUGUUUAUGACCCUCCCCUCGAAGGGCCCGAGGGAGACCAGGCCCAUGGAAUGUCAUUCGACACUGCGUUUAUCGGUAAUAAAUCUGUCGAAAUACGCAACGGAAACAUCGUCGUCCGUACAUCCGGCUGGGGCGGCAGUCCUGGAGGUUAUCGCUUGGCCUUUUAUCGUGUAGAGAACAAUGGCACUGAGACUCUGCUCACGAAUGAGUAUGCGCCUCUGAAGUCUAUCAACCCGCGAUACUACUCAUGGAAUGGACCGGGAAGUGAGUUCGCAGCUGAAUUCUCAUUCAGCACGACACCAGAUGAGCAAGUAUAUGGAACCGGUACCCAGCAAGACCACAUAGUUAACAAGAAAGGCUCAACAAUUGAUCUCAUCAACUUCAACACACAUAUCCCUACACCCGUAUUUAUGAGCAACAAGGGCUAUGCAUUUAUUUGGAACAUGCCUUCCACAGGUCGCAUGGAAUUUUCGCCUCUCAGAAAUCGCUUCACCUCUGACUCCACUACCGUUGUGGAUUAUUUCAUUGUCGCUUCGGACCCUGGUGACUACGACACACUACAGCAACGCCUUUCUGCACUUACAGGUCGUGCUCCUCUCCCUCCAGAUUGGUCUCUUGGGUAUAUCCAAUCCAAGCUGAGGUAUGAGAAUGAAACAGAGGUGAUUUUACUGGCAGAAGAGUUUCAUAGACGCGAUAUUCCAGUGUCUAUGAUCGUCAUCGAUUAUCAGUCAUGGGCCCACCAGGGCGACUGGGCUCUUGAUCCACGCCUUUGGCCCAAUGUUGCAAAGAUGUCCGCAACUGUAAAGAACCUCACUAACGCUGAGAUGAUGGCAUCCCUGUGGCCAAGUGUGGCUGAUAACAGUGUCAAUUAUCUUGACUUGAUAGCCAAUGGAUACCUUUCUGCCACACGAUCUGGUCCAGGAACAACGGAUUCAUGGAACGGAUCUUAUAUUCGCAACUAUGAUUCAACCAACCCCAGAGCUUGGGAGUUCCUAUGGAACACCCUAAAGGAGAACUAUUUCGACAAGGGCAUCAAAAACUUCUGGAUUGAUCAGGCAGAUGGAGGCUCUCUCGGUGAAGCAUAUGAGAACAAUGGCCAGAGCACAUACAUCGAAUCACUUCCCUUCACACUACCCGAUGUGCUGUAUGCUGCAGGAACACAGCGUAGUGUUGGUAAAUUAUACCCAUGGGCUCAUCAACAAGCCAUCGAGGAAGGCCUUCGGAAUGCUACAUCUAGUGAGAUAGGUACGACCUGCGACUACGUUUCUCUCAGCCGCUCAGGCUACAUUGGUUCUCAGCGAUUCUGCAGCAUGAUUUGGACUGGAGAUACGACUGCGGUCUGGGAAACCCUUAGCGCCCAAGUCAGUACUUUGCUCUCAGCAGCCUCAUCUGGUCUGGGCUGGUUCACCCUCGAUGCUGGAGGCUUCCAGGCGGAUCCUACAGUCUGGUGGAGCGCUAACAUCGAUACUCCUGAAUAUCGCGAACUGUACGUCCGGUGGCUGCAGUGGUCUACAUUCUUGCCUUUUAUGCGGACACACGGUUCUCGGGCAUGCUACUCUCAAGACGCUUAUUCCUGCGCGAAUGAACCCUGGUCUUAUGGUGAAGAGAACACUCCUAUCAUUGUCUCUUAUAUUCAUCUCCGUGGUCAGCUCGCCCCGUACCUGAAGGCACUUUUUGAUCAAUUCCAUCGCACUGGCAGAAUGAUCAUGCGCCCGCUCUUCAUGGACUUCCAGGCGUCCGAUCCUAAUAUUGCCGAGUGGACACAGAAGAACACCAACUCAACAACACAACAAUACAUGUUUGGACCAAGACUACUGGUUACGCCUGUCACCCUUCCAAAUGUAACUGAGUGGUCUGUCUAUCUCCCUCAGAUUGCCAAUAAUGAGACCCAGCCCUGGACUUAUUGGUGGACCAACCAAACAUACGCUGGAGGUCAAACGGUGACAGUUCCUACGCCGGUAGAGCAUAUUCCCGUCUUUCAUCUCGGGUCUCGAGAAGACGUUUUAAAUGGAAGAGUUUUUUUCCUAAAUCAAUACCGCUGA